GAGGGAGAGGCGGAUUUUCCCCCGCCCCCCUUUUAGAGUACCUUCGGAGCGGUGCUCUUUCUCUCCCCUCUUGUAGCGGUGACUGAGCUUAGAGGUGACCUAGAGGAGCGAGGAAGGACUCUUCUCCCCCGCUGCAAUCGCCGCCGCCGCUGCCAUGUCCAAACCAAUCAAAGUCCUGGUGACUGGUGCUGCUGGACAGAUAGCCUAUUCUCUGCUCUACAGCAUUGCUAAGGGUGAUGUCUUUGGCAACGAUCAGCCUCUUGUUCUUGUUCUGCUGGAUAUCACUCCCAUGAUGACUGUGUUGGAUGGUGUACUAAUGGAAUUGCAAGAUUGUGCUCUUCCUCUGUUAAAAGAGGUAAUUGCAACCGACAAAGAAGAGGUUGCAUUCAAAGACCUUGACGUAGCUGUCCUGGUGGGCUCCAUGCCAAGGAAAGAGGGCAUGGAAAGGAAAGAUCUGCUGAAGGCUAAUGUGAAAAUUUUUAAGUCCCAAGGUGCAGCACUGGAUAAGUAUGCAAAGAAGACUGUUAAGGUUGUUGUGGUAGGCAAUCCAGCCAACACCAACUGCCUGAUUGCUUCCAAGUCUGCUCCCUCCAUUCCUAAAGAGAAUUUCAGCUGUUUAACUCGUCUGGACCACAACAGGGCAAAGGCCCAGAUUGCCCUGAAAGUGGGUGUGACUGCCAAAGAUGUGAAAAACUGCAUUAUCUGGGGGAAUCACUCCUCUACUCAAUAUCCAGAUGUUAACCAUGCUAAAGUGAAAGUGCAGGGGAAAGAUGUUGGAGUUUAUGAAGCUGUGAAAAAUGACACUUGGCUGAAGGGUGACUUCAUUACUACUGUUCAGCAGCGGGGUGCAGCUGUCAUUAAGGCCAGGAAGCUAUCAAGUGCUAUGUCAGCAGCCAAAGCUAUAUGUGACCAUGUGAGAGACAUCUGGUUUGGCACAACAGAGGGUGAAUUUAUUUCCAUGGGUGUUAUUUCUGAUGGAAAUCCCUAUGGAAUCCCUGAAGAUCUGAUCUAUUCGUUUCCUGUUGUUAUAAAAGAUAAAACAUGGAAGCUUGUUGAAGGCCUUCCUAUUAAUGACUUCUCCCGUGAGAAGAUGGAUUUGACUGCUAAGGAAUUAAGGGAAGAAAAAGAAACUGCUGUUGAGUUUCUAUCCAGUGCAUGACUAGCUGCUCGACAGGAUACAGGAGAUGGUUCAACCACCGAAGAGUCUAAAAGCCGUCUCUAAAGUCAGCAUCAAAUAUUACUGUAUCAGCUGUUUUUUCCCUUGUGGCAGUCUGUUGGUUACUUGCUUUGUUGAUACCUCUGUGCCUGUUAUUGAGUGCUCUUAGUAAUGAGAUAAUUGCACAAUCAGUUUCAAAUAUAGUUUGCAGUCUUGACCAAAUCUUGAUUUAUUGUUUGCUUCUUGUAUUGCAUAGUACAUAUGCCUACUUUGCCUCUAUUACUGAAAGGGUAGAAACCUUUACCUUGACUUACAUUAAAAGCAGCUCCACAGUGCUAAUGGUGACCUUUAUGGAAUGGGCUUUAACAUUGCAUUAGUCAACUACACUAUGUAGAGAGACUCACACUCAAAGAUGCUACAAGAUCUCUCUACAUACUGAUUUCCACAGACUGACAUAGCUAUAUAUUUGAAUUAGUCAACUACAGUUAGACUCACCAGCAGCUUUUAUGAAAGGAUGCAAGGCCUACAUGUCUUUGUGUUGCAAAAACCUAAGUAGAAAAUACUGAAUAUGAUGAAUGUACUUCACUGACUCAAGAAAUCUUAUUUGAAAUUAUAUUAAAUGUUGAGUAAGCACUCCUA